CUCUCUCUUUCUCUCUUUCUCUCUUUCUCUCUCUCUCUUGUGUUGUGUGUUUGUGUUGGAAAAGCUGUGUGGAUCCAUCUGUGAGUAUUAAAUGCACACACAACUUUCAACUUUUCACUCCUAAAUUUCCCUUUCCAUUUUACUCAAAAUAACCAAAAACCCUUUUUCUCUUUUCCUCUCUCUAUCUCUCUCUCUCUUUCUCUUUUAAUUUAUAUAUAAAAAAAAUCAAUUCCUAUUCAUUUACAAAUUAUUAUUAAUGGUCUGGUUUUCCAAAGAUCCCAUUUUUGAAAACCCCUUUUUCUCAAACCCUUUCUCCAAAAUCAUAAUCCACUUAUAACUACUUCAAAAGCCCUCACCUCACCUUUUUCUCUUCAAAUAUAUAUUCAUCUUUUCAUUAUAAUGUUUAUCAAUAAUAUGGACUACUCCAACAACAACAACAACACCACCACCCCACCCCCGCCAUUGCCGGACCUUUCCCUGCACAUAAGUCCACCCUCGGGUUCCGGCAAUCAUUAUUUCAACCACCACCACCACCACCAUCAACCUCAAAUCUUUAGCAACCAUUUCAAAAGAGGCCCAAAAAUGGGAUUUGGAUCAAUUAAAAGAAGCAUUAGAGCUCCAAGAAUGAGAUGGACUACUACUCUCCAUGCCCAUUUUGUCCACGCCGUUCAGCUCCUUGGUGGCCAUGAAAGGGCAACACCAAAAUCAGUAUUGGAGCUGAUGAAUGUGAAGGAUCUAACCCUAGCUCAUGUAAAGAGCCAUUUACAGAUGUAUAGAACAGUGAAAAGCACUGACAAAGCCACUGACUCAGCCAUGAAGAACCAAAGGCAAGAUAUUGAUGGAAGUGGUGUUUCAAAUUGUGAGAUUUCUAAUAAUCCAUCACUUACAAUGUGGAAAAGCCCUAAUCAAAAAAUGAAGUUGUUCUGUUCAUCAAUGGAGACAAAUCAAGAGAUGACGAGCAGAUGGAAUCAAUUUUGCAACAACACUAUUGGAAACAACCAGCAGCAGCAAGAGAAGGACAGACACAAUGGAAAUGCAAAUAUGAAAAUCUCGAGUGGUGUGAAGAAUCACAAUAAUAAUAAUAAUAAUCUCAAUUUAGAUUUCACUUUGGGAUGCCCUAAUUCUCUAACAAUCCAUUCUAACCCUCACUCUUCAUCUACUGAACUUCCUCUUCUCAAAUGCUAAUUGGGGGUUUUGAUCAUAUAUUUUAGUUAAUUAUUAACCUAAUUAAUUAUUAAUGUGGGUUUUGUGUUAUUAAUUGCUGCUUCAUAUAAUGUUUGUUAAUCGAUCAAUGUAGCCUUUGUGUAAUAUUCUCAUUUCCCCAAUCAUCUUCAAUUCCAUGGUUAUAUAUAAACGUUAUAUGAUGAAGAGAUCAAUCCAUUAAUAGAACCGUUGGAUUUUGAUUAA